AAAGUGCUAAAGGCUGAGCCUCCUUUUCAGUUUCAGUGGCUUUGUUUCACUGGAGGAGAUGAACUCUGAAACACUUUCUUAUGGCUUUAAUCCUACAUGUAAAAUAUUCCGGAAAACACUGGAGUUUAUUGCAUAGGAUGUGAUACAGCUGCGAGAUCAUAUAAUGUCUACUAACAGCAUCCUGGACACUUUACCAGAGGAACAUUUCCGUUGUUCUAUCUGUCUCGACCUCUUCACAGAGCCAGUCACCACACCUUGUGGUCAUAACUUCUGUAGGACCUGCCUCACUCAGCAAUGGAGAGAUGGCGAGUUUUAUCAGUGUCCAAAGUGUAACAAACGAUUCUUUAUGAAACCAGAGUUUUCCACGAAUGAAGUAAUUGCAGAAAUGUCAGUCCAAAUAAAGAGAAGAAAAAUCGAAGCACUUGAAAGUGUCAACACACCGUGGCAGGUGAAAUGUGACGUGUGCACAGAUGUAAAGUUCAAGGCCUCCAAAUCGUGCCUUGUGUGUCUGACUUCAUACUGCGAUGGACACCUGGAGCCUCACCAGCGGGUCCCUGGCCUGAUGAGACACAAGUUAGUAGACCCUGUGGAGAACCUGGAGGAGAAGGUUUGUGAAAAGCAUGCAAGGAUCCUGGAGUUUUUCUGCAGAAAGGAACGAGUGUGUAUUUGUCUGCUGUGCUGUGAAGUGGAACACAGAGACCAUGAGACAGUUCCUGUUGAAGAGGAAGGGGAACUGCAGAAAGAAAACAUUGAAUCCAACCAAGCAAAAAUCAAGCUGAUGAUUAAUGAAAGACUGGAAAAGAUAGAGGAAUUUCAAAAAUCCUCAAAAAUGAGCAAAGUGAACGCAGACAAUGAAACUGAGGAUGCAGAGAAACUUUUCGGCAAUCUGGUGUUUAGAGUGCAAGAUGUUCAAAGGACAGUGAAAGAAUAUAUUGAUAAAAAACUUCAAAAAUCCAAUGUAAAAGUCCAAGGGUUGAUUGAGAAGCUAGAAGAGGAGGUUGCAUCUUUGAAGACGAAACACGACAAGCUAGAGGAGCUUUCACAAAAUGAAGAUCACCUUCAACUUGUGCAGACUUUGCAGGCUCUGGACACCAUGUCAGCAGGCAAAGACUGGUCCAAGACCAAGGUUUACCCUGACCUGUACAUUCAAACAAUGAGGCGAGCAAUGGAUAAUCUUGUGAACAUUUUCCAAAAAGAACAAACAACACUGACAAACAUGGAACUGACCAGAAUGAAAGAAUACAAAGAAUCAGUAACAUUUGAUGAAUCCACUGCUGGGGUUGGCCUCAUAAUAACAGACUUUGGAAAACGACUUAAGUACUCAAAAACUGCAAGGUCAUCAACACCGUCUUCGAACUCACAAAGGUUUCGUCUGCCAAUGGUUUUUGGGAUGAAUGGCUUCACCUCUGGUCGUCACUACUGGGAGGUCCAGGUGGGCCUGAGGAACGACUGGGAUAUUGGUGUGGCCCUGGAAACAAUCGAUAGGUCAGACGAUGAUGUGAGAAAAGACAAGGGAUUUUAUUCUAUCGGAAAAUCUGGUUUUGAUUAUGAGGUUAACGAAAAACCCCGUAAAGUUCUCCAUCUUAGUCCCAGGCCAAGACACGUGGGGGUGUUUUUAGACUAUGAGGCGGGUCGAGUGUCAUUCUUUGAUUUGAACAAGAAGUUGCAUAUUCAUUCUUUCAAAAAAGAGUCUUUCACAGGAAAGCUUUUCCCAUAUUUUUACCUGUACAGUGGUGCAAAGAGGUCUGAGCCUUUGGUUCUCCAUUUUAUGCAAGAUCCAGGAUACUUGCUGACUCUUAUUCAACCUAUUUGAUGUGGUAAAAAAAAGCAAAAAACCAACUGAAUAAAUCCUCUAGUGAGAUUCUCAAUUAAUUUUCUGUAAUAAGAGAUUUAAAAAUGCAAAUACAGUAACAACGACAGUCCGUCAUAUUAGUUAAGAUCAGUAGAAAGAGAAAAUUUUUUGUCUUACUGUACAUAUUUUUGGUUUGGUGCACUUUGGUGCUACCAGAGAAAUUAGCUUUUGUGACACCCAGUCAACGUCCUACUGCUGGACAUCAAAAAUGAAGUCUUCUUAAUCAAACUGUUGGACAGAAGAUAACAUCAUUGCUGAAUUAAUCUCUUUGUUUCUUUGUUGUGAUUUGCUUUAAAUCAUAUUUUAAUUUAAUUGAAGCUGAAGAAUUAACUGAAUUUUUAGCUUCUUUUUGCAUUACAUAGCAGUAAAUGUUGUUUUAUAAAGUAGCUGCCAUUCAAAAUGGCCCUUCCAAGUCAAAAGCCAGCCCAAUGGCAGCCGGAUGGCAGUAAAAUCCCCUCCAACUUCCAGCCACUAGCCUUCUCCUGGGCGUGCAUAUUUGUUUACUGUAUUUUUUUACAGGGUCUGACCAGGAGGUACUAUUCUUUAGAUCUUAAUAUCCACAAAUCCUGACAGAAAGAAUAUUUUAGUACAAAUUUUGAAGGCAUUGUAGGGGACUAGCCUAGGACUAGCCAAGGGCUCAUCAAGGAAAGUGCAAUUUUGAAUGGCUGCUACUGAAAGGCUUUCUUUCCUGCUGGUCCCUGAACUGACUAAACCGAAAGGAAAAAAUGUACUUAUAAUGAUUUUAGAUGUGAGGUUAAGCAAGUGCAGCAUAAGGACCUAUCCUUUUUGCAUGUUUUCAAAGCCCUGUGUUCAAUUAGCUGGAGUUUAUAUUCAACACACCACAAAUGUUUUUUUAAUAAUUUUGCAAUUUUCCACUCUGUGGUAGAAUAUUAUUGCAUGUUUAAUUUGAAAUUUAGU